CCGAAUCCGAAUGUGUAAAGGAAUAACAGAGCACCUCCUACAUCUAUAUAACUCGCAGACUCGCAACACAAAUUCUUCACAAUCAACAACACCAAUUGAUUAGUUUCUUGCGAAUUUUAUUCAUGGCGUUCUACAGAGGCGAUAAGGUUGAAGUUUGUAGCAAAGAAGAAGGCUUUGUGGGUUCAUUCUAUGAAGCAAAAAUCUUGAGGAAAGAGGACAUAAACUCAUAUUCAGUGCAGUACAGGAAUUUGGUGACUGAAGAAGACUCUUCAAUUCAAUUGAUAGAGAAGGUAUCUGCUGGUGAGGUUCGUCCUAAGCCUCCGAGAGCUCCAAUGCCGACAAAGUUAUGUUUGCACGACGUAGUUGAUGCUUUUGACAAUGAUGGUUGGUGGGUUGGGAGGAUUACUGGGAAGAAAGGGACUGAUUAUUAUGUCUUCUUUGAUUCAACUGGUGAUGAGAUAGCUUAUCCUAUUCAUAGGCUGAGGUUUCAUCUUGCUUGGGUUGAUGGGAAGUGGGUUUCUUGCAAGAACAGAGGGUUUUGAUCCAUCUUGUCUUUAGAGUAUUGUGUUAAUGCCAGUUUUUAUGUUCUUUGCAUGAUAGUUUGUUCAUUAAUUUCUAAUGAACAAGACAUUCUUGUAACUCUCUGUUGCUUAUAAUGUCCUGAUAGGGUUUUCAUGACCCACUAAUUUUUGUUCUAUUUUGAUUACCAAAACCCAUUGUAUCAAGUUCCAUUUAUUCAUGUAGUGAACUUAAUUAUACUACUUAAUGGUCGUCUUUUUUAUUGAA